AAAUUGAAAAAGGAAUAUAACAAAAUCAAAACCUUCUCCACAACUCUGCCGCUGCGCCUUCAUCCCCUAUUACUCCUUCCCCACGCAAAAAACUCUCAUAUAUAUUUUAGUCUUUGGCACUCUUCCUUUGUCUCCCUUUUCACUCUAUAAGCACAGGAACUUCUCUUAUGAGGGUAAUUCAAGUUUAAAUUACAGUGUUCCUCUUUCAGCGUUAUGUGUUCGAGACCUUUAGUGAAAUGGGCCUCCAACUUCCUUCAACAAGUGGAAGUAUAAUAUUAUUUUCAUCAUCAUAAUAUUUUAGAAGAUGGAGAUAGUUGAGUCCAUUCUGAACCUUCCCGUGCAAGAUCCACCUGGUGAAGACUUCUCAGCAUCUGAUUUGAGUUGGACCAAGGUCGGAAAUGUAGAACGUUAUGAUGAUGUUGCCCUUAUUCUUUAUGAUCGAGUUGAUGCAUUUAUCAUUGGAGAGUGUUGUAACGUGGAAUUCCCAACAAGGUUUCACAUUGAGAGGGGAAGGAAAAGAAGCAGAGGCAGCUUAAAGGAUUAUAAGCAUGAUGACUAUUUGGAGUACAGGCUGUAUUGGUGUUCCUUCGGCCCUGAAAAUUAUGGAGAAGGUGGCGAUAUUUUACCAAGCCGACGAUAUCGGCUUAACACUCGAAACCGAGCUGCUAGACCCCAGUCCAUGAGGGGAUGCACUUGCCAUUUCAUAGUGAAGCGCUUGUAUAACCGUCCAUCUCUUGCACUUAUUAUAUAUAACAACAGGCGUCAUGUUAACAAGUCCGGUUCUUUAUGCCAUGGGCCGCUUGAUAGAGAUGCUAUUGGCCCUGGUGCAAAAAAGAUUCCAUACGUUUGCAAUGAGAUUCAACAACAAACUAUGUCUAUGAUCUAUCUUGGCAUUCCUGAGAAGAAUGUUUUGGAAAAACAUAUUGAGGGUAUUCAACGUUAUUGUGGUUCUGAUGCGAAAGUGAAUAGCCUUGCUGCUAAGUAUGUCCACAAAAUUGGCAUGAUUAUCAAAAGAUCUACUCAUGAAUUGGAUCUAGAUGAUCAAGCUAGCAUAAGAUUGUGGGUCGAGCGGAAUAAGAAAUCUAUUUUCUUUUAUCAGGAUACAUCGGAAAAUGAUCCAUUCAUCUUAGGUAUCCAAACUGACUGGCAGUUACAACAAAUGAUUCGUUUUGGACAUCGUAGUCUAAUAGCAGUUGAUUCAACAUUUGGUAUAAAGAAACUAAAGUAUCCUUUGUGCACACUUCUUGUGUUUGAUUCAAGACAGCAUGCCCUUCCUGUUGCUUGGGUCGUCACCCACACAAUUGCCAAGCCUGACGUGAGUAAAUGGAUGAAAGCUCUUCAUGAUCGUGUCCGUGCUGUCGAUCCAACAUGGAAGGUCAAUGGUUUCCUAAUCGACGAUGCUGCAGCAGAAAUUGACCCCAUAAGGGAGAUAUUUUCAUGUCCGGUUCUAUUUUCACUUUGGCGUCUUCGUAGAUCGUGGUUGAGAAAUAUCAUCAAGAAAUGUAGUAAUGUUGAAGUUCAAAGAGAGAUAUUUAAGCGUCUAGGUGACACAGUGUACAGCAUUUGGGAUGGAAGUGAUCCUUUUGUUGCUUUAGAAGAACUUUCUCAAGAUUUUGUUGAUCAAACGGCCUUCUUGCAAUAUUUCAAAGCCACUUGGGUGCCUAAAUUUGAAAUGUGGCUUACUACAACGAGAACGUUACCUCUUGCGAGCCAGGAAGCAUCUGGUGCAAUAGAAGCAUAUCAUGUCAAGUUGAAAGUCAGACUAUAUGAUGAUUCACAUCUUGGUGCACUCCAGAGAGUUGAUUGGUUAGUUCACAAAUUGACAACUGAGUUACACUCCAGUUACUGGCUUGACCGAUAUGCAGAUGAAAGUGAUUCUUUCCAAAAUGUGAAGGAGGAGUAUAUUGCCACCACAUCCUGGCAUCGAGCUCUGCAAAUUCCUGAUGAUGCUGUGACCUUGGAUAACAAGGAUAACUCCUUCGCAAAUGUUUUGAGCCAGAAAGACAACAGUAAAACACACCUAGUUUGGAAUCCUGGAUCAGAAUUUGCCCAUUGUGAUUGUGAAUGGUCAAUGCAAGGAAAUAUGUGCAAGCAUAUUAUUAAAGUCAAUAUGAUAUGUGGGAAUCUUCAAUCAUGUCGACCUUCUAUGUCAUUUCAAUCAUUUAAUGAGGUUCUAGUGAGUCUAACGAGAAAACCGGUGGAUGAUUCAAUGGCACUGGAUCUGUCAACAGCAUGGACACACCAGAUGCUUGAUCAAAUUCGGAAGCUAGUUGAGCUAAACCAGUCUCAUGAUAUUGGCACCAUAGUAAAUAAUAUGCCUUUGAGAUGGGUCGCUAAGAAGGGCAGAACAUCUGUUGGUAGACCAUCAGCUAUUGCUCUCCCCUCCAGCGCCAACAACAGUUUAAUUCGUUCAACUGCUAAAAAGAAUCGAAAGAGGAAGAGAUUAUCAAGAUUACGGUGAUCUCUUGUGGAGGACAGAAAUAUCUCCGCAGGAACUAUGCAUUGGUGCUGUUCUUGGUAUACCAUGCAGCUAUCAGCCCUAGCCGCUUCAUUUGGUAAUGGCUAUUCUGCCCUUUAUGUUUUCAUUCAUGACUGGGGGCUUGAUUUUGGUUUUAUUAUAACCAGCAUGAUGUUGCCACCAUCUGUUGACUCGAUGGAUGCCAAUAUUAUCCAACAUAUCGAACUUCUGACUCAACUUUAAAGAAUUUAUAACUCUGAUCUGUUGGAAGAAUUCAAUUGAAUGAGGAAUUAUGAACUACUGAUUACUUGUUUGGCAUGAUAUUUUUCAAAAAGAUUCUAUCCUUUAGUCCUCAAAAUGGUAUGGUUUGUGUAUUAAGUGAAAAAUUCUAUAUUCUCACAUCCUGUCUCCUUUAAAAUAAUAGUAACAGUUUUAUCAGUUAAAGGAAUCUGAAAGAAAAGUAGCCCCUGAAUUUUUUUGCAUUUUUCUGAUUUAUGAAAAAAUUGUUGAGUAGUAGUUAAUCAGCAGCUAUCAUGUCCUUCUCUUUUUGAUACUUCCAACUGCUUGUUGCUAUUGGUUUGUGUUCUACGCUUUCCAUUCAGCAUUUGCUGUUAGGUGAAGCCAACCCUGUGUUAUUCUUGAUACCAGAAUCUAUCUUAUUUGUCAUUGUUUGUGUCGGCUGACCAGACGGAAAGAAAUACAUGGUUGAUUCAUUAUGUUCAGAGGCAGCUCUAACUUUCCGCUCUCUUCAACUGUUGCUCAACAGUCACUAGAUGCAUUUGAUGCUUGGAUUUUUGAUAGCCGAGCAAGUUCCAUGAAAAGUCCAGAUACCGUUAUCCACAUUCAUACCUUGUUCACUGGGUACUGAAUUAUCCUUGUUGGGAACAAAUGGAGCAGUCACACCACAGGCAAGAAGCAUCAAUAGACUCAAAGCAUAUACGGUACCAAUCAGAAACUGCCAGGAUUCUCUCCUUUUUGUCUUUGGAUGUCCUUGUAUGCCUUUUAUUUACAAUUGAAGCAUACAAACUGACCACUAGAAUAAUUUGUUCAUGAUACAACAAUGUACAUAUGUUGUAUAUGGAUUUUUCCAUGAUUCAGUUGAGGAAACAGCAGGUCUAAUUAGGUGAGCACAUUGAUGUAGACAACUUUUUCUUGGUUUUAUCAAUUCCCUGUCUUGAUUGGAUUGUUUGCAAACAGCCUCUUGCGGAAAUGUAGGGUAAGACUGCGUACAGUAUACCUUUGUGGUCCGGUCCUUCCCCGGACCCCACGCAUAGUGGGAGCUUAGUGCACCUGACUGCCCUUUUGUUGGAUUGUUUGUAAGCGGAAAGUCAUGAAACUUUUGUUUGGUAAUGUAGAUGAAUAUGUUAGCAGUACAAUUGUAUUGAGGAUUGUAUAGUGUAAUGACAUAGCUGUGUCGCUAUCGUGCUGCCAGUGGAGUCGAUCAAUUUGAGAAGAAAGCAGUUAGGCAACUUUCAAAUUGUUUUGUAUCCUUGCUUUUAUGGCAUGGCAUUGUACCAUAAUCUAUAGCCAACAUUUGCAGCAAGCAGGUGUUAGUUAAGCAGCCAAAGGUUUUUCUGGAAGACAUUUCCUCCAUACAAAAUGUAUAGGAAUACUUUAUUCAGCUCUCUUUUGUCCCUCUCUACAUGGGAGCAAGUUUUAA